AGAAGAAAAAGGAUAGAAAGUGUUUCGUCCGCAUCAUAUGUAACCUAACCGAUGCCCCGAUGUGAGUGAUGAAUGUGAUGAUCUUGCUGUAAUGUACCGAAAAUGCUUGACAUUCGGUACUAAAUUGUACAACUUGUAUAAAUGUGUUUAGGCAAGCGCCGGAGGUGUCCUAUAUUACUAUACGAAAAUAUAAAUACAUAACAUGUAAUACUACAUAAAGUGACAAAAAGUAUGUGAUUAAACUGCAGUAUUAUUUGGGAACUGGGUAUUGUUUCUUUAGCUAGAAAACAAUUUCUAUUCAAGUCACAUCACAGAAACAUGCCUGGAUUAUUUGCGUUCUGCGUAAUCGUUUUAAUUCUUUACUGUUCCUUCACAUGGAUGAUACCGAGGCUAUUGGCAUGGUUGGUGAAACGUCGUUACAAAAUUCACCUGCGAGUAGGCUAUAUUUCUUUACCUUAUUUUAUUCUCCGUGAUGUCAAUAUAACCAAAAAUGGUUUCACAUUGCAAGUCGAAGAGAUAAGUGUGCGUAGUAGUUUGUUCAGCAAUGACGUAGCAAAAUUAUUAGCUAUUAUAAUGAGAGAUGUCAGGAUAAAUAACGACGUUCCGGUUGACCCAGCUUGUAAGAUAAAGCAAUCCAAUGAAGUACUAGAUUUCCGAAACAAAAAAAUACCUCCAAUUAUUAUAACGUUUGUCCAGUUUAUGGCUAUACAUGUAGAGAAUAUAAGUUUACUUGCUCUCGGUAAUGGAUGGUUGGCUAAUGGGAGCGCGGAAAGCUUAAGUUUGGACGGUAGUAUUGUACACGGUGCACGUACGCUCUUAGCAUCUGCCUCUAUUAUUGGUGGUGCUAUGAAACUAUUAAGACAUGCCUCGGAUGCAUGCCUUUCGCAAAUAACAUUUGCUGGUACAGUAGAGGCCACGUUUAAGGCUCAAGGAGAGCUAUCAGUUGAGACAUUGUGUGUUGGAGUAACGCAAACCGUAGGCUCCGGUGGUGCUGGUCUCAUUCAGUUCUUGAGAGACAGAAGAACAUUAAGUACAGCUUCAUGCAGCAGUGUACAUACCGAUUCGUCCAAUAAUUUAAUGACUAGAUUAGCACCGAUUUUGCCCAAAGAUUUUACGUUAAAAAUCGGUAAUUCGUUAAUAAUCGCUGGCAGCGAAGACAGCAGCAUGAUAGGUUUGGAAGGUACUUUAAAGAGUCUUCAAGUUCACGCCAAGUUUCAAGCUAAUGCAGCACGAUUAAAUCUCACUGUAAGCCUAGACAGCUUGUGUAUACGUGGGAAGCUUCCUAUUUUGACUCUACAUUUACUCUCGAUUGAAACAAAAAUGGAGGAGAAUAGUCUAUUUAUUGAUGUACAGUUGAAUAAUUUCUCGAUAAUGUACGAUCACAGAGACUGGGAAUCGUUCUUGUAUACUAACGAAAAUAGUGUUUCAAGACCUGUUAGCAGUAUAUCACUGAGAAAUAAACUACCCAACUUUGAGAUAAUGCUGAAUACAGAAUUGUAUGAUUCUUCGUUGAAUAUAAAAUUGCCAGAUGUGCAAGAAGCUUCUUGUGGCGUUGCACAUAUGAAAUUUUCUUUGAAUUCGUCUACAGAUAAAACUGAAAAUCUAAACACGGAAUUAAUCGUGGAGUCUUUAUAUUGCGCUUUAAAUGGCACCAAUGGCAAUAUUUCGGAAACUUCUCAUCAAUGGGGCAGCCCACUUUCCGUUGGGGUAUUGCUGGCGACGACUCGUAGCAACGCCAUAGGAAUUGCAGUUGAUGCUCUCGUAACAGAAUGGAGCUUGGAACUUGCAAAAUUUCUUGAACAGGCUUACAGAUGCUACAAGUAUCAGCAGCCGGUGGCAAAAACGAAAAAUACAAUAUCACAAAGUCCUAUCCAGUUGAAUCUUAAAAUAACUAAUUGCAAUCUGUUCUUCAUCGCAGAAAACGAGCUGUCUAUAAUGAUACGCUUGGAUGUAGCAACUUUGGAGCAGAAUGCAAAGCGAUUCGUAAGUGUGGCGGAAGGCGUGAGCGCGAUAACUCUCAACAAAAAUGAACCAAUCAUGUGUCAACAUGCGCAAGCUUUAACUCAUCCAUUUCUCGCGAUACGAAAGUGCAAAGCUGCAAUUAAUUCUGACGCGGUAAACGUCAGCCUCGACGGCACCAAUUUAGCUUGGAGUCCCAAUUUGCAUCUUCGCUUGUUACAAUUCUGGAUGGAGUCUGAAGAUUUCAGAUCUAUCGUAACGAAAGAAAUGAACACCACUCGCAUCGAAGAGGUGCAUAAAAAGAAACGCGUCCUAGACUUAUUGGCCACGGGUGGGGUUACAGUCUCCAUAGACAUUUCCGCUAAACAUUUCCUGAUACUGACGUCCGAUCAACUGCGUUGGUCGCAAGAUGAAUGGAGGUUCAACUACAUUCGAGUUACCUUGGACAUGUCUGACAUAAUUAUGAUCGAGGGUUUCGAACUGAUCAAGGUAGCUGACAACGCGGAGGUACGAGCGGAGAGGCAGAGUAACGAGGGAUUUGUAUUGGAUUGGAACGAAUGCUGGGCGUUGAAUCUCGACUCUAUCAAAAUCUGUUUCCCUUAUGAGCAUCAAUUUACAAAUGCGAUACAGAACGAGUUGUUCAGCAUCAGAAAAUGGCUGAAGGAGAUCCAUUCUAUGAACGUACCUGCACAGGAGUCUCUGCCGUGUGAUCUGAUCAUAAAGAUCAAGGAGUGGACGUUCGAGCUUAGCGACGAUCCGUUCGAGGUACGUCUGCGCGACAACUAUGAAUUAUUGGAGGACGAGUAUAAAGAGAGCUUGAAACGGCAAGCGAUGUUGGACACGAAGGUGCAGGAGCUCUGUCGCGCGCAUUUGCUGCUUCCUCAAGGAAAGGUCGAAGAGCUAUAUGCUAGUUUGAAUAAAAAGAACGCCGAGAUUUAUGUGCAGAGAUGGAAACAGAUGCAACGGGCGGGACCUGCAAGGACUCGACUGUUCGCGUGGACCAUGUUGAAUUUAGAAAUACUGGCUCUGGCCGAUCCGUCCAUAAAUGGCAUGGAGAAGGCAACACGAGCUAUCAGGGAGAUGGAUCCAGAAUCACCUUGGCCCGAAGAUGGUCUGGAAUUCAGCACGUUGUGGAUCCGAGGGAUCAGUCUGAAGUGUGCCGAAUGGAAACUCCAGCUUCGCGAUUUCCCGCAGCCGUUACUUCUGGUCGAAAAUUUAAACGUGUGGGGCAAGUUAGCCGGAGCGGAAGCUUUGGCACCGCCGAGGGCGAAAAGAACCAUCCGAAUCGAGAUCGGCGCACCAUGGAAGGACAUAGUGGUGGAAAGAGGAAUGACGUCCUUCAAGUAUUAUCACGACCUCAAUUGGGACAUCGACAAAUUCAGAUACGCGUUCGGUCCAUGUUGGGAGCCGGUGAUAGCGCAGUGCAAUCUCAGCUUCGAGAAAAUCCUUCAUCCGUCGAGAGACCCGAGCCCGCCGUUGCCGUUCUGGGAUAAAAUGCGAUUGAGUCUCCAUGGCAGAUUGACACUCUGCGUGAAACAGUUGACGGUGUUGCUGCAUGGCUCUUUAGAUCCUUAUAACACCACGGAAGAAAUGGAACUUACGUGGACCGGCCUGGAACUCGACUGGACGCAAGGGAAAAUUAUUAUCAAGGGUGAUCUCGACGUGUACGUGCGCACGGCUAGUAAAUACGAUGACUGUCGAUUGCUACACUUGCCCAACGUUAGACUGAGCAUUAAAUUAGCAUGGGUGUGCCUAGGCGAUCCGCGUGAUCAUCAUGCCGCCAUACCUUGCGCGCCAGAUCGAUUGCCCGAGUAUUCAAGCAAUCAAGAGCACGACUCGUUCAGGGCAUUCCGCUCUCAAAAUCUUAAUGUCAGCCUUUCUCUGGAAACCAAGCCAACCGGUUCACCUACGUUAGCCAGCGCACCAACAGCGUUGCUUUAUGGCAGUACGUUGAGAUGGUUCGAGAAUCUCAAGUUGAUAUUAUCGGGCGCGACAAGACCUACGAGGAAAGGUCCGUUGUUUAAGAACGUCAGACCUAGGAAGAAACAGCUCAGCAGGCACUACAGAAAGGUACGACUGACUCUAGCCUUCCAUCGUUUUCACGUCAAUUAUUGGAUGUCGUUCGCCAUGCAACGUGGCUUCGAAGUGACUGGUGGCAGAGUGGCUUGUAGCUCGGAACACAAUCUAGCGUUGCAUCCGAUCGACGACGGUCUGAUCCAUCGACCUCAAGCGGAAUGGUCCAUCAUAUACAUGAACUGCGAGCUCAGCGAUGCCGAGAUCUGGCUGAAGAGCGCGCUGCAGAAAGAUGAGAUGGAAAGCGCGUCGUUACGUCAACCGGUCGAGAAAUGUUACUGCUUGAGCGUUGCGCGCGUCAGCUACGGCAGGGAGGCGAUGGUCGCUGGUGUGAGCGGUGACACGCCAAUUCAUCGACUGGUCGUGCACGAUCUUCGCGGCGCUUGGACAAAGACCAAUCGCGACGUUGCAUUCGCGCUCUUUGACUCUUUCAUCAAGACUCAACAACUCAAGAAGAACCUGUCGACCGCGGCGCUCAAAGGUUUUCACAGAGAUAACAACUCAACGCCGCACAAGAAUCGUGCCGUCAGAUCAGCCGUGGUCGAUCAGCAGAGCACACCGACUCAAGUGGCACUAGUGUCCACUGUGAAGCCGCAGCAAGGCGAGGCAGCGGGAAUGCUGCAGAGAUUGAUAGCGGAAGCGGGGAACAAGCCUGUAGCCUUUAGCGAUGACUUGUCAGUGCAGACUAGGGGACAACAGUUGCGCGGAUUGGCGGCGUGCCAUCAAGACGAUGUUCUACACAAAAACUGGCUAAUCGCUUUGGUGAACAGUCAAGUGUUGUUAAAAGGCAUCGAGACCCGCGGCUACGUAAUUCUCUCGGCGGCUAAGGCGGAAAUCUUACAGAGAGUUCAUCACCCAGUUUGGAAGGAGCGAUCCCUUGUUCCAAAGACAACCUGGGUCGGAUCACUAGAAUGCAUGCAGUAUUACGCUACCGUCAGCGCGAAUAUUGACGAUAACAUCGACGACAACAUCAUGUGGCUAACAUUAGAUAAUAUCCAGGAAAAAGAUUCCACCAUCAUAGCGGGUCUGCCGGAUGUCCCGGCACUGGUGGGAUCUGGCCAGAGCGUCGGUGGAGUGGUUAGCCAAACGGUGGGGGGCGGUGGUGGUCCUCAGCAUCAACUGCAGCGUAUAGUGUCGCGGUGUAAGUGCGAGUUCUUCUAUGUCGGUUAUGGUCAGACCUUGGACGUGGGUUCGGUGGACCAAGUACCACCUCCGCCCAGAGAGGAGGUCAGUCCGUGGGAAAGGAAGGACUUUACCGCAGCCGAUGCGUUCACGUUGAUGCAUCAUGAUCUCGAUGUGUGCACCAAUUCGUUGCAGUAUGCGAUGAUAUUGGACAUAGUUAAUAACUUGCUGUUGUACGUCGAACCGAGGCGAAAAGAGGCCUCGGAAAGAUUGCAGAGGAUGAGAUUUCAGUUGCAAUUACAUUCCGUUGAGGAUCAGAAGAGACCGAUACAGCAGCUGCAAAACACGGUGCGCGGCUUGGUGGCAAAAUUAAGACGGCUCGAGCGCGAAACGUAUCUAGUGCAGAAAGCGCUGGCCGACGAAUCGAGUCCGGAAUUGUUGACGGAGAUGGAGCGGUUAGAGGCGAGCGUGUUCGAAUGCAAGGAACAACUCGGAGCCAAAGCGGAAGAAUUGGAUGUUAUGUUGAGUUGCUACAAGGAAACCACCGCGCCAGCGGCUGCAUCAGCUACACUGAAGGACAAACCGGCCGCGGUGGCCAGAGUAGCUGAGAUUUGCUUCAAACACGCGCAAUGGAGACUGACUGACGCGGACGGUCAGCUGGGUAUCGCCGAUCUUAUUUUGACUAACUUUCUUUAUACGAAAACGAGCAAAACCGAUGAUUCGGUGGAACAUUUGUUGGAAUUGGGAUAUGUCAGGAUGACGAAUUUACUGCCGAAUCAGAUCUAUACGGAAGUACUAGUGCCGACGGAGCUACAAAGCAACAUGCCUGUAGAUCGGCAGAGGGCACUUCGGGUCUUUUGUAGGGAAAAAGCACCGGUAGCAGGAAUAUCCGUGAAAGAGCAUUUUGAGAUCAACGUGGUUCCCCUUACGAUAGGUCUGACAAAGAAGUUCUUCAAUACUAUGCUAAAAUUUUGUUUUCCCGAGAGAGACCCGGAAGGUAUAGAAGAGACUCCAGCAUCGCAGCGUGAUUCAUCCUUUUAUGUACCUAUUGAGAGGAGAGACGACGUAGAAAAAAUGAAGGAAAGGGCUGACAAGAACAAACUAUUCAUAUAUAUUAAGAUACCAGAAGUACCUGUUCGCGUAUCAUAUAAGGGAAAUAAGGAAAAGAAUAUUGAAGAUUUGCGCGACGUUGCGCUAGUCAUACCAACUCUAGAAUACCAUAAUGUAACCUGGACGUGGCUCGAUCUGCUUCUGGCUAUGAAGAGCGACUCUAGGCGCGUGAUACUGAGCCAAGCCAUCAAACAAAAAUUGCAGAUAAAGCCAAGAGGACCACCGGAAGAAUCCGUGCCGCAGGAAGAGGAUAAAGCUCGUCUUUUGUUAGGUACCAGGCAUCUGCCUGGAGAUGCACGAAAAAAGAGCGUAUUUAAAUUUAAGUAAUUUAAUUUAUCAUUACAUCUUGUUUGUUGUGUACAAUAAUAUAUAUUAUUUAUUAUGGCAUCAAUAAACGUGCAAACUUAUAUCCGUUUAUUAUAUAAAUAAAUAACUUCUAAGUUAUCGAUGUAUAUAUGUACACACAGAUUUUCUUGAAGCAUUAAAAACAUCAGCAUUUUAUAUUUCUGUUUUCCCCGUAACUAUAAAAGCAACGAUGUAUAAUGCCAAUAGAUAAUUUUUCACAAAAGU